CAGCAAAGAGAAUCACAACAGAGAAGAAUGACACGUCUGCAGUGAGAAACAACCCAUUUUAUUCCCUCAAAAUGAGCUUUAAUUGAACAUUUUGCAGCGGAAUUCAGACUGCAGCAUCGUUGAGCUUCUCAUAUCGUUAACUUGAGCAUUCUUGUCGCGCCGAACAGUGCAAAUGGAGAAAGAUCCAGGAGUGGUUUUGGCCACAGAGAGAUAUGGCAGUGCAGAGUCCUGGAAGUAUUUAACUAAGGAUGGGGUGAUGGAGAGGAGAAGAGAUGGGAGUGAAGGUGAAUCAAGAGGAAACUCUGUUGUUGGAGUGUUUAAAAGUGUGUUUCUGCCUCAAGGCUACCCAGAGAGUGUCAGCAAUGAUUACCUGCAGUACCAGUUCUGGGAUACUGUGCAGGCUUUCUCCAGCUCCCUCUCAGGGACUCUGGCGACUCAAGCGUCUCUCAAAGGUGUUGGUGUUGGAAACCAGGAGGCGACAGUAGCUGCAGCCACAGUUACCUGGUUAUUAAGAGAUGGAACUGGCAUGUUGGGAAGAAUUCUCUUCGCCUGGCAGAAAGGGAGCAAGCUGGACUCUGAGGCCAAAAAAUGGAGACUCUUUGCUGACGUUCUCAACGACAUUGCCAUGUUCAUGGAAAUACUGGCUCCAUAUUUUCCUGCCUUCUUCACCUUGAUUGUUUGCACUGCAGGGAUAUUCAAGUCUAUUGUUGGAGUGGCAGGCGGUGCGACUCGAGCUGCUCUGACUGUCCAUCAGGCUCGCAGAGACAACAUGGCUGACAUCUCUGCCAAAGACGGCAGUCAGGAGACUUUAGUAAAUUUGGCUGGACUGCUGGUCAGUUUGAUCCUCAUUCCCCUCGUCACUGAUAAUCCAGUACUGACUCUCAGCCUCUUCUUCCUCUUCACCAUCCUUCAUCUUUUUGCCAACUACAAAGCCGUGCGUUCAGUUGUCAUGGAAACCUUCAACGAGGCGCGACUUUCGAUUGUGUUGCAGCAGUACCUCAGAGACAAACGAGUCUUGAAUCCGCUAGAGGCCAAUCAGCGAGAACCGGUAUUUUUGGAGUUUGGGAAAGCUGUGCCAAUCAAACUCGGCGUGAGGCUGCAGGAGGUUGUACAGAGCCCAGAUGAACUCAGUUUGGCUUCGAAGGGAAACAACAGGCCUUACCUUGUAGGAAUCAGAAAUGGCUGCGUAUGCGUUUGUUUGGGACCAGAAGCGUCAGUGCAUGAUGAAAUCAGAGCGAUGUGCCAAGCUGUGUGGCUCAGCAGCACGUUGAGCCCUAAAACACCCAAAGAGUCGACAUGUACUUCACCACAACAGCAAAAUCACUGGGAACUGGUGCACGAGAGUCAGAAGCUGAUGGACACAAUUUUCAAUCCAUUUCUCAAAGGUGUUGAAGCUGCAGGAUGGGACACAAAGAGAACUCUCCUGGACUGGGAUGAGUGGAGAGUGGAGUGGAAAACCAAAACCAGCUGAGCAACUGCUUCUCUUUGUUUAUGUCUUACUUUGUUUAAGGACUAUUAAACAAUGAGAUUUUUUAA